AAACAAAAACAACGUUAAAGUCGCUCAACAACGUAGCAUUGUGAAAAUGUCUCGUCGGCCGGAACAUAGCGCACCGCCAGAGAUUUUCUACAACGAGGAUGAGGCACAAAAGUACACAAACAACACACGCAUCAUCGACAUCCAGGUUCAGAUGUGCGAACGUGCGAUCGAGCUGCUGGCCCUCGAUCCGGACGAUGACGAUCCCAAACUGAUUCUGGAUAUUGGCUGCGGAUCGGGCUUGUCGGGAAGUGUGCUAGAGGAUCAGGGACACCAGUGGAUCGGUGUCGACAUAUCAAAACCCAUGCUGGACGUUGCGCUGGAACGUGAGGUCGAAGGAGAUCUGCUGCUUGGGGACAUGGGUCAAGGGAUGCCUUUCAAAGCCGGCACAUUCGAUGGCGCAGUAUCGAUUUCGGCUCUCCAGUGGCUUUGUAACGCGGACAAGAAAACACACGUACCACCGAAACGUCUGUAUCAAUUUUUCAGCACACUGUUUGCCAGUCUGACCCGAAAUGCUCGGGCCGUGUUUCAGUUCUACCCGGAGAACGGAGAGCAAAUCGAACUGGUCACAACGCAAGCGAUGAAGGCCGGGUUCUACGGUGGCCUAGUCGUCGAUUAUCCCAACUCUAGCAAAGCGAAAAAGUACUUCCUGGUGCUGAUGACGGGUGGUGUUGCCAAGUUGCCGGUAGCCCUCGGCACAACGGAGGGUGAAAGUCAGGUUCCGUACAACAAGAAGCGAGAGUUUGCCAAAAAUGCACGUGGAAAGCCGCUGAAGAAGUCGCGCGAAUGGAUUGAGGCCAAAAAGGAACGCCGGAGGCAGCACGGCGAAGAAACACGAAAAGAUUCUCGCUACACGGCAAGAAAACGAAGUGGACGCUUUUAAGCAACAAAAACCAAACACACAAUGAAAACACAACCGAUCGCGUUGAUGAUGGUGUAUGACCCGGAUAACGCACCAUCUAUAGCACCGUUAUUAUUGAUCUAAAAUAU